AAUCACUGUAACGGAGCUUUACGGUGUGAUGUUCAAGAGGAACGGAAUAUGAGAUGGCCAGACUUAUAGCAAAUCUAAUUAUUUAUUUAUGUUUGCUGGGCAGUAUUAUUAGUGCUAAUGAGGAUGGUGAUAGUAUUGUCCAAGAUGUAGUGACAAAGUUAGUUUACAAAACACCGGAGGUCUCUGGUUUCGCACAUUUGGUAGAAACCUUUGACGAUGAGGAGAAGUUUAAAAAGACAUGGGUACUUUCAGAGGCUAAGAAAGAUUCUACGGAUGAGGAUAUAGCGAAAUAUGAUGGAAUUUGGUCUGUGGAGGAACCUAAAAAGCAUGCGCAAGAGGGUGAUCUUGGAUUAGUGCUUAAGAGCAAAGCUAGACAUGCUGCUGUAUCCACUUUAUUAUCCAAACCAUUUCACUUUAAAAGUAGCCCUUUGGUUGUACAGUAUGAAGUUAAUUUCCAAGAAGGUCAAGAAUGCGGUGGAGCCUAUUUGAAGUUACUUACUCUGGACUUAGAGCAUCAAGAUUUAAAGAAGUUCCAUGAUAAAACUCCCUAUACUAUAAUGUUUGGGCCUGAUAAAUGUGGAAAUGAUCACAUGUUACAUUUCAUCUUCCGACACAAAAAUCCCCUAAAUGGUACCAUAGAGGAGAAACACUGCAAAAAAGCAAGGGAACGCCUGGAAGAUUUCUUCAAAGACAAGCAGCCUCAUCUGUACACUUUGAUCAUUCGACCUGACAAUAGUUUUGAGAUUAAAGUUGACAAUAAGAUUGUAAAUUCUGGAUCCUUACUGGACGAUUUCACUCCACCGGUUAAUCCACCGCUGGAGAUAGAGGAUCCCACUGAUGUUCAACCUGAAGAUUGGGAUGACAGAGAAAAGAUCCCUGAUUUAUCUGCCGUUAAACCAGAGGAUUGGGACGAAGAUGCCCCUGCACAAAUCGUUGAUGAAGACGAUAUUAUGCCUGAGGGAUGGUUGGAAGAUGAACCACCCAUGAUAUCUAAUCCUGACUCUGUAAAACCUGAAGACUGGGAUGUAGAAAUGGAUGGGGAAUGGGAACCUCCUGAAAUACCCAAUCCAAAAUGCGCAGACGCGUCUGGUUGUGGACCAUACAAGCAGAAAAUGAAAAAGAAUCCACGGUACAAGGGUAAAUGGUCACCACCCUUGAUCAACAACCCCAAUUAUAAAGGAAAAUGGAAGCCUAGGUUGAUGCACAACCCUGAUUAUUUCAAUGAUGAACAUCCAUUCAGGAUGACGCCUAUUUUCGCUGUCGGCUUUGAACUUUGGUCCAUGUCCACGGACAUUUUCUUUGACAACAUCUUGGUUACCGAUAGUGAAGAUGUAGCGAAAAAGUGGGCAGAUGCCACAUUCGAAGUACGCCGUGCAAAAAUCGCAGAGGAGAGUGUGACUUUAUGGGGUCGCAUAUUGAAAGCUACAAAUUAUAAACCGGGCUGGUGGGCGCUAUAUUUCUUAUAUUGCGCGAUUCCAGUUGUAUUGUAUGUUUGGUAUCUACUGAAACGAGCUGGUGAGUGGAGUGUAUGGCGUCAGAUUGGCACAUUUACCGCGGAACAUCCUUGGAUAUGGGCUGUGUAUAUAAUAGCUGCUGGUUUCCCCAUACUGCUAGUAAUAUAUUGUUGCUGCUUUGCUUCUCAGGAAAAAUAUGACUUAAAGGAUGAAGACAAACAGCCUUUAGACAUUAAUGAGGAGGCAGCACAGAAACAAGAAGAGACAGAAAAUCCACCAACUACUGGUACAGAAGCAGAAGAAGACACCGAAAAGGAAAUUGAAGAAAUAAUAGAAAGUGAAAAAAAUGAUAAGCCAGCAAUAGGUGGCGAUGGACCACGACGAAGAAAACCAAAUAAAGAAUAAAAUUAAUUAAAAUUAAAACGAAAAAAAUUCAUAUUAACAAGGUAUUUAUGCAACACUCACAUUCCACUUAAACACUUGCCAUUGUGGAAGUUAGGAUUUCUUUUUUUUUUUUCUUCAGUAUCUAA